UCGAUCAAAUGAGCGCACGGAGUUUUUAAAUAUUGGGGUGACUAAGAAAUAAUUGUACACGCCUAGCUUUCGCCCAGCCUAUCUCGCCUAUCUCAGUAAUUUUUUAUCAAAUGGAUAGCAUUGAAAAGUUGUUUUGAAGACAAGGCCCAAGUUAAUUUAACAUGUCGCUAAAUAAUAUAAAUACAAACAACUUUUACGAAGAACCGAUAACGUUGUGGAAAACAAAACAGCGUGUUCACUACAGAGAUGACGUUGCGGCGCAAACCAAAAAGAACCAAGUAUUUACCGACAGUUGCGAAUAUAUUACCAUAAGGCAACCAAAAAAAUCGAUAUCAUUUUCCCGUCUAACACCUGCAAAAACGCCACCAUCGGACACCCAGCUCUCAAGCUGUGUUAAUAAAUCCAUUGCCGCUACUUCUAAUUCUGUGAUACGAUACGCCCGGACUGCAUGCGAUCAUUGCGGCCAUCAUAAUAUACCGAUAAUGUCACACCCCAUAUCUCCGCUGGCAAAAUCUCAAACCAAUUUGGACCUAGUAGAACAAAAUAGCCAGCGUCAGGCUCUUUUACCAUUACCAAUCAUUGGAAUUCACCGCGACGACUCAGCCUGCACAAUUCAGGUUUCACGACGUCCAUCCAUACUACUGCAAGAGAUACUCACACAGCGGCCGCAAGGUCUAGGACGUAAGGAUCCAAGUUUAUUACAUCCAAGGAACUCCAGGAAUGCAGGAAAUCUUAAUGGAACUGUCACGGGAAGUACGGCAACCAUAAAUUUCCAAAGCGGGUCAGGCAGUGCUCGGAAUGGAUCCAAUGCUUAUUACGACAGCGGUGCAAAAAGUUUUCAAGCCAAACAACAAAAAGAAAAGAAUCGGCGAACGGGCAACGAUGCAGUUAGUUCUGCUUUGUCUGCGACAUAUUGCAAGCUAUUGGUGCUCUUGGGUGUGUGUCUUCCUAUCACGGAAGUCAUAUCAGAUCAAAUACCUACAUAUGUAUAUCAGGGCUUCUAUAUUUACCUUUAUGCUGGUAGCAUACUGUUCGUGAUAUUUGUAUACAUAAGUGCAUUUCGUAACCGGUCGUUAUUCAAUGCACUUAAGGAUUUUCACGAAAAGAACAGCAAUGUUCAUUUAAAGCACAAAGUCACUCAUUUUGGAAGUUUUUACUUGCGCGUUGGUGCCAUUGCUUUUGCCAUAGGUACAAUGGUAUACUCGGGAUUGGAAUUCGGUCAAUUCUUUGAACUAAAUGGUCAGGCAGGAUGUCAUGAUGUCUUUGUAGCCAUUACUCCAAUUUGUCGUAUGGUUCUAUGCAUUGCACAAGUACAGUUUAUAUUCCUUAACACCACAUACAUGGACAUGGCGCGCCAUAAAGUAACAUCUCGGUUUGGUCUCAUGCAUAUGGUGGCCACAAACUUGUGUGAGUGGUUGUAUGUACUUGUCGAAGAGACAAAGCAUGAGAUAUUUCAUAUAAGUCAUCACGACAUUGAUCCGGACCUGGAUCCUGUAUUACACAAUGGACCAUAUGGUGGACCUAACUGGUCUGCUGUAAACGAGUCUUUGCACACAAACGGAUCAAUUCACCAUGGAUUCAUAAAUGUGAAUCAUACCGCAGAAGAAGUGGCACACCAUUUAUUAACGAACAUUUCAACGUCCAUUAAUAGCAAUAGCUCGAUGGUGGUGCCCACACCAUCAUUUAAUGGCUGCUCACGCACAACUAUAAUGGGUGCACUAGUUCAACAAUUAUCACCAUUUCUUUUUCCAUGUACAAUCGAAUACUCACUCAUAUGUGCAGUUAUUCUUUUUGAGAUGUGGAAAACCGUAAAAUCUAUUCCAGACAUCGAUAAGACUCGCAAGAACUCAGUAAAACCUGUGACUCAGAAGCCAGCCCACCACUUUUCAGUUGACUGCUCUCAAUCGCACAAGGGCCUAUUUUUUGGUAUAUUGAUAAUUGUCAUGACUAUUAUUUCAAUGAUUAUGUAUUUUGUGCUAUACACUCAACCUGGCUUUGAGCUGAUCGCGACUCAGGAAGUUACGCUUUGGGAAACGUUCAUGUACUUUAUGUGCGCUUCCGCAAUAAUAACCGGCAUGAUUCUAAUGCGAGAUCUGAGAUACAUAAAGGAUACUAGCGACGAACAUCACUCCAUGGACCUGGAUAACCUGUUACUAGUUGUUGCCCAGACCGGCGUAUAUUUGUAUGGCAUGUUUAGCAUACUUGGCAGUUACUUUGCCAAAUGGGAUACAGUACCCGAUCGAAUUGAGGGCAUUAUUGCUGAGGUAUUUGGUGUUGUACAAACCUCAUUGCAAACUAUGUUCAUUCUCCAUGCCAGCCACCGUCGCUGUAAAGGCUCCAAACAGGUGCGUCGAAAGCCGGGACGAGAGAUAAUUACAUUUCUUUUGGUCGCAAACAUUGCCAUAUGGUUUGUCAACACUUUAAUCAAAGGUAGAGCUGUUUUUCGUGAGACGCAUCUAGAAUUCUUUGGCAUUUGGGGCUGGACGAUUAUAACACAUAUAUCUAUGCCUUUGGCAAUUUUUUAUCGCUUCCACUCUACUAUAUGUCUGUUUGAAGUGUGGAAAAUUACUUACAAAGCCAAAGCACAUUAGUAAACUUGAUAAAUGUAUAAUUCAAUUUUCUUUUUAUGCAAAUUAAGAGUUUAGCCUAAUGUACAUCCUA